CACUCAACCGCAUUUGGCUCCCGCCCGGCGCGCCGGCCGAACGUCUCGCGCGCAUUCAAAAAUCGAACACAAACUUUUUUCAAAACGUGCUUCUGUGUGGCCAGUGUUGUAACUUUUUAAUCUGUGAAUGACAAAGUGUUGUUUCGUAGAAAGUUGCAGCGACUUUUUUUCGGCAGUUUUUGCAACGAAAAAAGCCAGUUACGUGAUUCUGCUGGCCAAGUCAUAAUUUUCCGGUCGAGACAUCAAAAUGCUGAAACUACAGUCAAGAUUCCGGAAAAAAACCAUCUGACACCCCAUAAGAACUUUAGUGACAAUGUGACUUAAAAGUGACAAAUCUGUCAGACUAACACAAAAAGUUCCCUAACAUUCAAGAAUACUCCUCAAAUUCUCUUCACACGCUAGUUAUAAAUUUAGUUUAACAAACCACAUCAAAACAACAAUUAAAAGUGCCAAUAACAGUGCAAAAACAACUCAAGUGUCAAAAAAACUGUCAAAAGUCCAUCGACCUCCAACGAUUCAAACACGUGCCAGAAUUCGAAUUGCCAGUUCGAAUAUAGAGUUCGGAAUUCAAAUUUUAGUUUUGUCAAAUUGUGCCAGUGUCACGUGAUGGAUCUGCACGCGCCUCAGCUGGUGGUCCAUGGCUAUGAGCCACAUGCCCCACUGUUGGAGGUUGAGGGUCUGGACCCUCACAGUCCUCAGCAGAAGGUGCUCAUCCACGCUCCGACCAUGCAGGGCCAGGAUAUGAUGGGCAACGACCAUCGGAACGGAGAUUACGGUUUCACAGAUGAGCAGUACGCGCACGGGAGCAACCAGAGCAGUGAUGGUCACGGAGGCGUGAACCAGCUCGGCGGCGUCUUCGUGAACGGCCGACCGCUCCCCGACGUCGUGAGGCAGAGGAUAGUGGAACUGGCCCACAGCGGAGUCAGGCCGUGUGACAUCAGCAGACAGCUCAGGGUAUCGCAUGGGUGCGUUUCGAAGAUACUAUCUAGGUAUUACGAAACCGGCAGCUUCAAAGCCGGCGUGAUCGGGGGCUCCAAGCCGAAGGUGGCGACACCCCCCGUGGUGGACGCCAUCGCGGCCUACAAGAGGGAGAACCCCACCAUGUUCGCGUGGGAGAUCCGGGACCGGCUGCUGAGCGAGGGCAUCUGCAGCCAGGACAAUGUGCCCAGCGUGUCUAGUAUUAAUAGGAUCGUGCGCAACAAGGCGGCGGAGAAGGCGAAGCACGCGCACAACCAGCAGCAGCAGCAGGAGCAGGAGAUCAGCUCCGCGCAGGGCAGCGUGGUCUCUGUAAUAACCCACGCGGGCAACGCGCCCGGCGCCACCUCUGUCCUGUCGCCUGCUGGCAACGAGCACCAGGUCACCAACUCUGGCAGCUACAGCAUCAACGGGAUCUUGGGUAUCGAGCAGGUCGAGGGGCUGCAUAACGGAGGGGGGCUGAAGAGGAAACGGCAUGAGGAGCAAGAUGAGAAUCGAGACUUCAAUAGUCAUUCGGAAGACGAUGUGAAGAGACAAAGAAGUCAUUAUAAUGGAGACCAAAUAUAUUCUAACCUCUGGUCAUCAUCGAAAUGGACGUUAAAGGACGAGUACAAGUUGCUGUCGGAGCUAGGGGGCGCCACUGCGACGGCGGCCACAGGGUACUACGGCGAGCUGUUCGACGCGCCCUACGAGCACGCCGCGCAUCCACACUAUACUCCACAUUCUGCAACGAACGACUCGACGGGCUCCAACGGGGGCGCGGGCGGGGAGCCGCCCUCCGCCGCCGCGAGCCCCGACGCCGCCGCCCUGGUGGUGCUGCAGCCCCCGGCGCCGCCCUACCCGCCCUACGCGCAUUAUGAUGGUACGACAACACUAGCGAGCGAGUACGCGUAUGCGGCACCGUACUCGCAGUACUCGGCGUAUGGGGGCCCUUACGCUGCUCAUUCCGCCGCCACGGGGCUGCUGUCCAAGUGAUAUCAAAAAACGCCGUGCGCUGAGCAAUGACAGACGGCGGAAAACAACGAACAAAAAUAAUCAAGUGAUAAACAAAAAGACACUCUUAUCAAAACCAAUGUGGCAUUGUGAAUCUUUGUAAAUUUUCUAAAUAAUAAAAUGUCUUCUCUUAAAUUAGAUUUUGCUUUGGUCAGUUACUAUUAUUAAUGUACAAAUGUUUGAAACAUGUAGUUUUUGUUAAAUUGAUUUUAUAAAGGCCCAGUUUUUCAUUUUAUUUCGGUACUUUAUAGUGCAUACCUGAAAUAUUUUACGGCCAAUAUUCUCAAAUAAUAAAAAAGGGUAAUACCAAUUAAAUACCUUUAUUGAAA